CGUCAAUUCUUCCAGCAGAUCCCCAAGACUCAAUGCAGACCGUUCUCGGCUGGUCCGCAACGUUGCAGCGACUCCCUUGCCGUGGUACGUUGAAAUCGAAGUAAAAAAUAUGAGUCCGUGGAGGAAGAUGUUUGAGAAUACAAGGCAAUUGCGACAGAUUGGACUGGCCUGGUUUUUGGAUUAUGGCAAUUGCAGAUAUCCGGGGGAGUAUCAUGGCUGACCAAUGUUUUCGUUUCAGCACCGCAACAAGCCUUCCAACAACCCGAACGUCCCGUUCCAGUUCUCCGAGCAGAGCAACAAGCUUAUCGAUGAGAUCCUCAAGCGCUACCCCCCUCAGUACAAGAAGGCCGCGGUUAUGCCCUUGCUGGAUAUCGGUCAGCGCCAGCACGGCUACACCAGCAUCAGCGUCAUGAACGAGGUCGCCCGAGUCCUUGAGAUGCCCCCGAUGCGUGUCUAUGAAGUCGCUACUUUCUAUACCAUGUACAACCGUGAGCCGGUGGGCAAGUACUUUGUCCAGAUCUGCACUACAACACCAUGCCAACUCGGUGGCUGCGGAAGUGACAAGAUCGUUGAGGCUAUCACAGAACACUUGGGCAUCACCCCUGGACACACCACAGCUGACAACCUCUUCACUUUCAUCGAGGUUGAAUGCCUGGGUGCCUGUGUCAAUGCCCCCAUGGUCCAGAUCAACGACGACUACUACGAGGACCUCACUCCCGAGUCCAUCAAGACCCUCCUCACCGCGCUCAAGGAUUCCGCAACCGCUACCGAUGCUGGUAAGGUGCAGGUUCCCGCCCCUGGCCCUUUGAGCGGAAGAGACACCUGCGAGAACAGUGCGGGUCUCACAACCUUGCUCGAGCCCGUGUGGAACCCUGAGACAAUGAUGAGAAAGGAUGGUGCCUUGGACCAACAAUAAAAGAUUAAAAGUUCCAAGCAUAAAUGAUAUUUCGACUUUAGUUCCUUUUUUUUUUU